AUCAGAAUUAACAAACUACAAACAACAAAACAUUAGAAACAUCCUAUACCAGAAGCUCUACUUUGACUCCAGUUAGUCGAAGUCCAUAAAGAUAAAGUUUGACUCUGAACAUGGGGAUUCAAACGUAGGAGGAUACAACACCCUCUUUUGCAAAAUAGAAGAAAGUUCACCAGAAAGGCCCGCGGUUGCUUCGGGUUAAAGACCGCGCUCAGCUAAGGACGGUCCCGUCCCUUCCCGUUACUGUGACCUUCUCUCGCUAUGGGCUCGGAACAUUCCACGCAACUGCCAGGAGCAGCCGCCGACGGUGCCCUGCGCACCGGCAGCCUACAUCGUCACUCGACGGCCAACCCCACCGCGUCCGGUACGUCCUCGUCGACGCCUGGGCGCUCAGGGCUGUCAGGAGGCGGCAGCGGUAGCAAGCUGCAACGCGGCAACACGAUUGCGGUCACUGGCACGACACCGGGCGGCGGGGUGGACGAUGGCUACUCCACCUCGUCCGUCACACCGUCCUCGGCGUACAUCUGCGACUCGCGGCCCGUCUCGCCGCCCAUGAGCGUUUGCUCCGAUUCCGACCUGCCCUACAUCUCUUACACGGACAAACCGAUCGGUGAUUCACCGAAGCUGCGCAACAAGCAGCAGGCAAAGCAGACCAAAUCACGCCCAAACAGUGCGAUUAUCAUGGGCAGAACGUCACAACAGCACCAGCCCCACCACUACCAGCAACAUCUCACCCAGCAGCUGGAGGGCAGGGGUGGCAAGGGUCGACCCACAACCGCACCGACUGGCGGUGGUGGCAGCGGCGGGGCGCACAGCAUCGUGGUGGUGAAGUCGGCCGCCGCCCGGGAAGUUGGCAUCGAGAAGGAUGACGACAUCGUGCGACUGCAGAGCGUGCCGAUGUUUCUGCCGGUGAUGCGCGGCACGCUGACGCUGCCGGCGAACCGCGACCCGGAAGUGCUGGAGCGGCUGCAACCGACCCAUCUGAUCAACAUGUGCAGCCGGCUGCAGUCACACUUUAACACGUGCGCGGUGCACGUGUCCUCGGAGCAGCAGCAGAUAACGAACCGCAUCAAGGAGGUCGACCAGGAGGUGUCGAGCGCGCUGGCCCAGCUGGUGCAGAAGCAGAAGCUGUACACGUCGUACGCGGAAACGUUCUCGAAGGUGCGCCAAAUCUCCCAGCAGCUGACGCGCUGCAACGACAUACUGAACCAGAACAUCGAGAGCAUGGAGUAUCUGAACAAUCUGCUCAGCGUGGACGACCGGCUCGAGCCGUUCGUGUGGAAGACGGAGUAGUGGUUUAGGGGAAUAGCGUUUAACAGCAAGGAAAGUGCAAGGCAAAACGGCACACGUGGUGGGUGGGUGGUGUAACUCUAGUCGUGCUCUGCAGUGCAAUAAGCAGCCAAAACAGUGUGGCUCAAUGCUUCUCAGUUUAAUCAGUUGUAUUGUAUUGUUGUUUAUUGAACAGAUAUUGACCGGAAGGAGCUGUCUUCCGGUUAUUCCUUAUCACUUAUAAUUAGCCUAACUCUUAAGACUAGCAAUAAAUAAUACAUAAAGCACCGAACAAAAACGCUUUAUUACGCCAGCACAGUAAA